AUGGUGAAGUGCUGCCUUUGUGGAGUGCAGCUUUCGGCAGCAGUGCAGACUGGGGCCCGCUGUGUGCAAUGCCUUCGAAAGGAGGUGGACGUGGGAGCUUCGGUGCACCGGCGCGGCCAAGUGCACCGCUGCAAUACCUGUCAGCGCUGGCUGCGGCCGAACGGCGGCUGGACGGUGGCCGACCCGGAGAGCCGAGAGCUGCUGGGCAUUUGCCUGAAGAACGUCAAAGGUAUUGGCCGCGAACUUCAACUGGUCACCGCCAGCUUCCUGUGGACUGAGCCCCACUCGAAGGAGCUCAAGCUGAAGCUCGAAUUGCAGCAAGAGGUCAUCACCGGGGUGGUCGUGCGACAAGCGGUGGUGGUGGAGUUGGGCGCCCAGGCAUUGGUAGGGCAUUUCUCGGUCUUCACCAUCCUGAACUCCUCGACCCACAACCCACGGUACUGCGAUUGA